CGGCUGGGCCUGAGCAACAUGCACGGAAGGUGUUUGUUAUAAUGCCAAAUCCAAAGAGGUGGAGAAUGGUGGUAGAGGGCCAAGCCACGGGUCUAGAUUAUUAUCAUUGGAGAAGUACACACUAAGUUCUAUCCCCCUAAUUUCUGUAGCUGUCGACGUAUAUUUAGCUGCUUCAGUAAUGGGGGCAUCUUCCCAACAUUGUGUUUCUUUCGCCAGAACCAGUUGCCCCAUCUAAUGUCCUAUUAUCCACGCUUUGAAAGUGAUAAAGGUUCAAAGAUUGCAAAUGCGAUACAUCUCAAGGAUGCCAAUAGAAUUGAUUGCAGCUCUCCAUAUUGCGUGGGUGUGGUUGUCUUUGGUCACUCGUAGUGAAUGGACAAAAGAUAUUUUUUUUUCACCUCCCAUUUAGCUGUGCAGGAUAGGGUGUCUGCAAAUGGGUGGAGGGGACACACUUUGAAGAAAAUUUAGCCGGUGGGUUUUCAGCAAAGCAAUUGAUACCAUGGAUUGCUUCUGUCAAAGUAAAGAAAGCAUGAAACUUGAGAGAGUAAGAAGACCAGAGCUAUCUUGUGUCUUAUAUGGUGGGCCGACGUAAGGACGAAGUUUGGUGCAAUUUGAAUCCAAUGGAGCUUUCAAACUUUUGGAGGACCACAUCAGCUACAAUUGCCAAAUUGUUAUGUAUGCAUUUGCAGGAAGUUGCACUGGAAAGAUCCUUCAACGUUUAUUGAUGUGCAAAUCAAGAGUUGAAAUAAUAUUACUUUUUUGGUGGGGAAAUGAGUACCACAGCAUAAAUAUUUUGUAUAGCGAGGACUAGGAGGAGGUUGAAGCGUGUUUCCCACACUAAAUGCCAGCGAGUAGGUGUAGUAAGUACCAUGAUUGCUCCUUCCCAUUUAAUGGUGAAGAGAAAGACCAGUACAGAGCCAAUCGGUUUUCUUUCAGUAAAAUGGAAAGUGGCCUUCCCAUGCUUAACUGUCUGUUGCAACACACUUUAAGGAGUUUAUGUUUGUCUUCAGACUCUUGUAGCUCUACCUCUUCUAAGUGGGUUUAUGCCAUUUUCUGGAGGAUCCUCCCUAGAAACUUUCCUCCUCCCAAGUGGGAGUUUGGUGGGAGUGCUCUUGAUCGCUCUAAAGGAAACAAGAGGAACUGGAUUCUUGUUUGGGAAGAUGGGUUUUGUGAUUUCCAUGAAUGUGAAAGAGCAGCAGGUGGGUGUCUUACAGGGAGGUUUGGAGUUGAUCUCUUCUUCAAAAUGUCUCACGAGGUUUACAGUUAUGGAGAAGGAUUAGUGGGAAAAGUUGGUGCUGAGAAUAAUCAUAAAUGGGUUUUCAGAGAUAGCGCAACUGAAAGUGAUCCGAACCUCGUCUCCUCAUGGAACUCAUCCAUUGAGCCUCAACCUCGAGCCUGGGAAUCUCAGUUUAAAUCAGGCAUUCAGACAAUUGCAGUCAUUGCUGUACGAGAAGGCGUAGUUCAGCUGGGCUCUUUUGAUAAGGUCCCGGAAGAUCUCAAUUUAGUCAUUAAUGUGCAGAGGAAAUUCAGCUACCUGCACAGCAUGCCAGGUAUCUUUGCUGUUCAAAGGCCCUACCUUCCUAGCCAACAUCCAUACGUUUUAAAACCAGAUGUCCAGAUGAUCGAAAACCAAUCUACUGGGUUGAAGAGAUUGUUCAGCUCUAUGCUUGAUGAAUCUCCUAUCAAAUCCAUCAACUUAGGCUGGAACACCCCACAUCCCUUGGCCUCUGGAUCGCCAGUGUGGCCAAUCCCACCUCUUCUUCCUUCCACUUCAUGCGGUUUUGGAACUUUUAAAUCAAAGAUUCCUUCUAAUGGCACCCCGCCUUGUGAAGUCGAUGAUCGUCCCGAUGCAGUUCAACUAAUGUCCAUUAACCACCCGAACCUGAAUACAUUGAAGGCUACCAACUCAGAAGUAAAGAUAGAAACCUCCAGCCAGUUAGAUGCAGCUCAAGAAACAGAAGAGAAACCAAGUUGCUUAAAUCCUAGAUUCGGGUUUGGAGAGACAAGCCAGAAUGGUCAAAGUCUCAAUUAAUUAGGAAAAGUACCUUCUCAAUGGCAUUAAUUGUCACAAAAAGGAUGAGUUUGGUACUUGCAUGGAUUUGGAUGGUUGAUUAGCAUGCACCCAAAUUGUAUAAUCACUGUUUUUUGAGUUAUCUGUCAAUAAAAAUAUCUAGAUACUGAAGUAGUUUUAUUAUCAAACAAAGAUGGCACUAUAUUUCA